UCCAGCAUAGCCCAUGUCACGAGUUGCCGCAGCUGUUUUAUACACAAACCGAAUCUCUCCUCGCCCACCUGCUCGACUCAUACCGCAUCCUCAACCCACUUGCUCUUCUGCGACGAUCCCAAAAACCAAAACCUUUACUUGACCCCCCAAAUCUCAACCGCAGCCGCCUACUUUGCGACUCACCUGGUCUCCCCACGCCAUAGCUAGCAGCCUUUCCAGCUGCUGCCCGUCAUGUCCUCACAGGCUGUUCCGGACACCCAGCUAGGGCUCACCAACGAGGAGAUCCAGCUGCUUCGCCAAGGGCAGGCGGCACUGGGAGGGGGGUCCAGCAGCUCGCGCGCCGCUAGUCGCGCCAGUAGCCAAGGCCUUCUACUACUCGACAGCUCCUCACUUUCUGCUUUAGGCCGUUACUUUGAUCAUCUUAUGGCUAGUAUCGAACAACGGAUUAAUUACCUGAGUCAUGAAGCGCAGCGAUUUACCCAACUGCAAUAUGACGAAGCUGAUGGAAUCAUCGGCGGCGCCGACGCAGAAAUUGCUCGGUAUACCGAGAUUCUUCAGCAGCUGGAUGAGCUCGAGGUAGAUUUCGACCGUAUCGCCCACAUCAAGGAGAUUGUUAAGGGCUAUCGGUCAAGAGUUGAAAGUUUGGAGCGGGAUCUUGAGAGUAGUGGUAGCUCGAGCCGACACCGACACUCUUCGUCGCACCAUUCUUCCUCUCAUCGCAGCCAUGGUCACUCUCAUCGUCACAGCAGUUCUCAUCGUUCACGGCACUAAACAGAUCAUCUACCAGAUGGUGGGAAAGUGUGGCCGAGAUUACUCACUUACAAAAUAUUGUUACAGUAAAACAAAAGUCUAAAAAGAAGAAAAGAUUCGAAAAAGAAAAUAGGGGAGAGUUCGAAAAAGAGACGAAGUCCUGCGCGGGUUACACAGG